ACCGCAACAUCCGUACCGCAACAUCCGUACCGCAACAUCCGUACCGCAACAUCCGUACCGCAACAUCCGUACCGCAACAUCCGUACCGCAAUAUCCGUACCGCAACAUCCGUACCGCAACAACCGUACCGCAACAUCCGUACCGCAACAACCGUACCGCAACAUCCGUACCGCAACAUCCAUCCCUGGUUAUGCAGAAUUGACUUCAGAACUUUAUGAUUUGGUAACAAAGUCUAAAUCUUCUCCUAUUAAUGCAAUUGAUUGGACACGUUCUGCUCAUUUAAAAUUCAAUUAUCUUCGUAAAGUCCUCAUUUCUGCACCAAUCCUUCAAUCAUUGAACUUAAAACAACCCAUCACUUUACAUUGUGAUGCCUCUGAUGUAUCCUGGGCUGGAGUAUUACAAAAUAUUGAUGACAAAAAUAUUCCUCACUUAGUUCUGUGUUAUAGUGGAAAAUUUCAUCUUUCAGAAAAGAACUAUACUAUUUACGAAAAAGAACUAUUUGCCAUUUACAAUACGUUAAUUCAAGUUCAAUCUUUAUUAAUAGGAUACACGGGGGUAAUCCACAUUUAUACAGACAAUAAAGCAUUAUCACAAGUGCUUGAUAAACCAUUGUCUAAUUCCCAUUUUGUGAACCGUUUAUAUAAAUGGCUAAAUUUUUUACGAAACUUUAAUUACGAAAUUCAUCAUAUCUCCGGAUCUAGUAAUGUAAUUGCUGAUGCUUUGACACGUUGUUAUGAUGAAAAAGCAAUUCCAAAAUCACAUUUUGCUGUAGAAGAAGUAAUUAAAUCCCUUAAAUCUAAACUUCCAGACUUAUCCACGGGGGAGGAAACUAUGAUAAAUAGUUUGGCAACAAGUGCAAGCUAUAUUAAUGAUUACACAAAAUCAGAUGAAGAUUUUAUGUAUAAGAAAAUCUAUUUGAAAGACAUUAAGUACUUCUUAUAUUAUAGAAAAGUACCUCCACGGUAUGAUUCUAAUGACCAUUUAAGAAAGAAAUUUAUUUUUAGAGCCCAUGAAUUCUAUAUUCAUCAGGACAUCAUGUACAAGAUUGGGAAGGAUGGUCAAUUUUCACGCAAAGUUCUCUUUUUACACAAAGAUGUAGUUGAAAUAUUCAAAUUAGUUCAUGAUAAAAGAGGCCACUUAAAAUUAGACAAUGCCUUUAAAGUAAUAAACCAAUCUGCAUUUAUUCCUAACUUAUACAAAAGACUAAAAAAGUAUAUUGACAGUUGUGAUAUUUGUCAAAAAUACACUAGUACUCAUAAUGAAAGAGACCCAUUGUAUCUCCACUUACCCGCAGGCCCUUGGCAUACUAUAGUAUGUGAUACUGUAAAAAUUAAUGGAAAAUCCUUAGUUGUAGCAAGGGAUGAAUUUACAGGAUGGUCUGAAGCUAUUGUUCUAACCAAAUUAACUGGUGAAAACGUGGCAGAUUUUAUAUUCUCUAGUUUUAUCGCUAGAGUUGGUUAUUUUGAUGUGUUUAAAACUGAUAAUGGUCCAGAAUUUCGCAACCAAUUUGUAGCUACCAUGUUAAAGAAAUAUGGUGUGAAACAUAAAUUUCUGAUACAAUAUCAUCCUCAAGGCAAUGGAAUGUCAGAGAGAGGACAUCAGAGUUUUAUCAAUUUCUUUAAAAAAUUACCUGAUAUAACAGAUUGGGAAAAGUUUUUACCAUGUGCUCUUUGGGUUGAUCGAACCAAUGUAAGAUCUAGAACUGGUUUUAGCAGUCAAUACCUAGUUUAUGGUUUCCAAGGAUAUUCAGAUUUGAAUACAAUAACCUCAUUAAAACCGGAAACUAAACUUUAUUCUGAAGAUGAACUAUUCAAAUUUAGGUUUAAACAAUUAUAUUUUAAAGAAAUUCAACUUCCUUCUGCUUAUUAUACUCAAGAAAGACAAAGAACUCAACAUAAAUUAAAGUUUGAUACUAAACAUGAGUUGACUAACCAAAUUAGAGUAGGAGAUUUAGUUUUAGUAUGGGAUAAACCAACACCCGUGAGCAUGUUACAUAGUAAAAAACUUGAUCCACGUUGGUCAGGACCAUACUUAGUAAACAAUGUAAACAAUAACAUUUAUAAACUAAAAUCCUUAAGUGGAUUACCUUUAAACCGUCAAUUCACUAGAGAAAUGUUGAAAAAAUACAUUAGUAGAAAUUAA